GCGGUCGCGCUCACACGAGGUUAUAAAAAAUUACCACAAAAUUCCGUAAGCCAACGAAAAGCCACGAUACCUUAAGUUUUUUGUGGUUUAGCCAUUUGUGAAGAUGGAGUUCAUCCCCGAAACACCAUACCUGAAGGUACCUCCAGACACCCUGCAGGUGGUGAGAGACGACAUCGGCAUGGGGAAGCCCGGGGAGAUGAAGGAGGCCGUCAGGAUCCUGGACGAAUGGGUGCACCAGCAGCCACAUUUUAUCAUGAAGGAUAUACCUCCGCACUACCUGGAGAUGACGAUAGUGAUGUCCAAGGGUUCGCUGGAGAAGGCCAAGCGCGUGCUGGAGAACAUGUACGCGGCGCGCACCGACCGCCCAGACUACUUCGAGGCUGCUGACCCUUACACCUAUUACGAGACGUUCAAGGACGAAGUAUGUGCGACCGCGCUUCCUAAAUUGACAUCGGAGUACUACAGAAUGCAGGUCACCAAACACAAGGGCAGGCUGACAAGAAAGGGACUGGAGGCCUUGAUAAAAUUCAGCUUUAGCUGUCUGGACUACAUCAAGAGCAGAGACUACGUCUGCGGCAUCGUGGUGGUGUUCGACAUCCGCGCGCUGGACCUCAACGCCAUGCUGCGCGACAUCUCCAUGCUGCUCGACAUCAAGAACGCCUUGCUCACCUUCCUGAACGCUUACGGAAUGCGUCUCAAGCGCAUCCACAUGAUCUCCUCCUCCAAGCUGGUGCACGGCAUCAUGAGCUUCUUCAAGUCGCACUUCAGCAAGAAGAUCUUCGACCGCAUCAUGGUGCACGAGCAGCCCCAGGAGCUGCUACAGUUCUACCCCAGAGCCGUCCUGCCGCAGGACUUCGGUGGUGAUGAGAAGAACUUGGACGAUUUGGAAUUGAUUGGACAUAAGGCGAUAUCUGGGGAGUCGCACCUGGCCCACAUGCGACUGAUGUCCGCCUGCCGCCUGGACCCCGCGCUGGACCCCAGCAAACAGCUCAACGAGGUGGACGGAGUCAGCGGCACCUUCCGGACCCUUAAUAUUGACUGAUGAUGCCAGGAUGCGGUUGGGUUAGACUAGGGUUGCCAACCGUCCUGUUUUCCUAGGGCGUGUCCUAG